AUGACUUGCCUAAAACAUAUACAAUUGCUACUCUGUUUCUCCAUCACGCUAAUUCUUCAAGGAACUCAAGUGGCGGCAUCAGAUGACAAACAUCCAGAGGGUUUCCCGAAACCACUAACUGGUUCUACAUUCGAUAAUGAAAUGAAAAACGGGUUACAUAUAGUCGAAUUUUUCAGUCCAUAUUGUCAUCAUUGUAAAUCAUUAGCGCCUAUUUGGGAAAAGACAUGGGAAUCAUUCCAUGAAGAAGGUUCAAAGCUGAAUAUUACUCUUUCACAAGUGAAUUGUGUGGAGGAUGGUGAUUUAUGUUCCAAGGAAAAUAUUGAAUAUUUCCCAUAUAUUAAACUGUAUGGUCCAUCUGGGUUCAUUAAAAACUAUGAUGGUGCAAGAAAAGAAGAAGCAUUUAUUAAGUUUGCUAGAAAAGAAGCAUUGGAUCCUUUGAAUGUUGAUAUUAGUCAUGUUGAAAGCCAAAGUAUACUACUAUCAAAGCUUGAAUUUGCAAAGUAUUUGGCUGGCAAAGGGAAAGAUCCAAUCUUGAUUUCGUUUUGGCCAACAAAUGAGAUGAAAAAUUCAGAUGAUAGGAUAGCUUUUGAAAACUGUGCUGAUUGUACUACAUUCCAAAGAGCUUGGAAGAUGUUAUCUAAGAAUUUACUUGCUGAUGGUGUCUUGACAGGUCAUAUGAAUUGUGAAGAAAAUCCCCUUAUUUGUAAUGAGUUAGGUUUUGGUGAAUUGUCAAAGAUUAAAAACCAUCGAAGUGAUAGGGUACCUAGAGUUGCACUGGUUCUUCCUAACAGAGCAACAAAUAAUUUGUUUAUAUUCAAAGGUGAUAUUGCAUCACCUCUAUCACAAUAUCAAGAUUUCGCCACGAGAACUUAUGCUAACAGUAUUGCCCCUGAAAUUAACAAAGACGAUGUAAUAUCAAUCAUAAAUACAGAGGUUAUGAAUAUGGAAGGCCGGCCAGGACCAAAGAUGCACUUGGUCUUUAAUUAUGAUGCAAAGAUCACUUUUUCAGAAGAUUUCGAUAUUUUAGAAUAUUUGAUUGAACCGCUUUCAAAAAUCCCAAACUUAUAUCUUUAUAAAUCAAAAGAAGAUUUGAAAUCAUUGACUCAUACAUCGUUUGAAGAAAUGUACAAGAUGAUUAAUUAUAAUGAAACUGAACCGGAAAAAGUUUUGGAUGAGAAUCAGUUUGCCUUAAAUACCAUCACUCAAUUUCCAACCUUUUUCCUUUUCAAAGAUGGUGAUAAAAUACCACAUGUCUUCCCUGGUUAUUCUACCACGGAAAUGAGAAAUGUAGAGACAAUAAUGAACUGGGUUAAAGAAUUUGCAAUCCCAAUGAUUACUGAAGUUAAUGAGGAUAACUUUUGGGAUUUAAUGAAUUCGCAACAUGAACGUUAUAGUGACAUUGCCAUUUUACUAAUAGAUUCUGCAAGAAUGAAGGAAAGUGUAAAUAGUGUGAAUAACCUGGUUACAGGAAAUUAUGAUUAUGAGCAUGUUCGUAUGUCUCAAAUGUUCCAAUGGAUAAUGGGAGAAAGAAAUGAUAAGUUAGAGUAUGUCCAGAAAUUGAAGAAUAAGAAAGCACAAAGUGCUAAAAUCGUAGCUGCCCUACGUAAGGAGAUUCCUCAUAAAGAUGAUAGGUCUGUUAUUUUAACUUACCUUGAUAUUUACAAAAAUAAAAACACGUUAUCUAAACUGGGAUUUGAUUGUACAGUCCCACAAAAGUCAGGAAAUGUCAUUAUUGUCGACAGAUCAAAGAGUUCCUUUUUUGAAGUCAAUCGUGAUGGGAAGCCUUUAACUGACAACCCAUAUGAUAUAAGAGAAAUAUUAACUACUUUAAAUUUCCCACAGAGUUCAUUUUCCAAGUUCGUAAACCAUGGCAGAAGAAUCAAUUCUCCCUAUUCCAGGCAACUAAGACAUUUGGAUUUCAUACAUAGCUAUGGCAUAUUCGGAUAUAUUAUGUUGGCGGUGGUAGUAACUAUGAUAUAUAAAAGUAAGUCUUUGGUUCAUAUCUACAGGUCCAAAAGAAAGUAUCAAGCUAAAAGGGAUACUCGAGGGUUAUUAGGUUGGUCAGACAAGAAAGAGUUCCAAGAUUGA